AUUGGUGGAUUUCACCGAAUCAUGGGGGGUUGUGAAAUGUGAAAUACAUGAAGGUCCAUGCAUUCCUAAAAACAAAAAAAAUAUUUACAUCUGCAGUCAAACGUCUUACACUACUCAGGGUUUAUUUUGUUUGUUUUUUUUACCUUAGCAGUUUAGUUUGUCAGUAGCUGUAAAAGUCUGGUUUGCCAACUCUUUUGUGCUGUAGAUCCUGAUAGGAGAAGCCAUCCUGUACUGCUAUCUGUCCAGGAGGUCGUCAACCACUCAGACUGAAGCUAACAUCAACGCCGCAGGCUGUAAUUUCAACUCCUACAUUCGCAGAGCUGUCCGCUUUAUAGGCGUCCAUAUCUUUGGCCUGUGUGUGACGGCUCUGAUAACGGACAUCCUCCAGCUGUCCACUGGGCAGCAUGCGCCCUACUGGCUGGAUGUGUGCAAACCCAACUUGACCCACAUUAACAUGUCGAGCUGUGAUGAAGCCUUCAUUCUGGAGGAUAUCUGUUCCGGACCGGACCUCGGACUCAUCAACGCUGGGAGGAAGUCUUUUCCAUCCCAGCAUGCCACACUGGCUGCCUUUGCUGCCGUCUACAUCUCUAUGUACUUCAACACAGUGCUGACAGACUCAGCCAAGCUACUGAAGCCUCUGCUGGUUUUCUCUUUCGUCAUGCUGGCCAUCCUGGCCGGAUUGACCCGGAUCAUUCAGUUCAGAAACCACCCCGUGGAUGUGUACUGUGGCUGGUUACUGGGAGCUGCCAUCGCUGUUUAUUUGGGUGUAUACGCAGUCAGAAUAGUCACAGAGCAGGUUGAAAACCUACAAACAAAAGAAACAAAAUCAAUUACAGAUCACAAUGAACUAAUUAACUAGUUUUCCAGGUAAUGUUAAUCUACUUUUAAGUUAACAGUGAAUGAACAAACAAAUAAAAUAUAUUCCAAACACAUAAAACCCAUUGAAUCACAAGGCUAAUUUGGUCUUCUGAAUGCAGAUUAAAUGAUAUAAACUGUGCAUAAUGUCCAGUCCCUACCAGUGAUGUCUUUGUGGAAGCUUGAAGCUGAGGCUCUUUGUCUGCAGAGAUCAUUGUGAGCACAGGUGUGCCAAGUUACCUUAUAGACUUCAGAUGGGCCUGAGUGGAAGGGAUGGGUGCGCUUGAUUCUCUGUGAUGUGUGUGGCAGUUGGGUGGAGAUAGUAAAUGCACUCACAAGUGUACCAUUUGCUGUUUUAACUUGACAAACAUAAUUUAACUAAGUGUCGAGGCAGAUAAUUUCCUCUAGUAACACCAGUUGUUACUAGUGGAAACACAAAGUGUUGGUGCGUAACAAGUUCUAUCACCAUUUAAGCACUGGAACCAGUUUCCCUCAAACAGUUGUUUCCAAUUGUUCCAAUUUUUGUACAUGAACCCUUUCACACUGAACAUACUUGUAUUUAAAUUUGAUAUGAUAUUGAUAGGUUUUCUAUCUAUUAUCACACCUGCAGCCACUCUCACUCACCUCAGUAGCAUCACUUGAAAGUUGGUGAGCUCUACAUGUAGCAGCAGAAAGGUUGGCUUACUUUGAACAUUUGAGCUUUAUCAGGGCAAACAAAAAUCUUCUUUAUGAAGGAUUGCUACAAAGUCAACGACACCAAGCAAGUGAUUGUUGCUACGUGACUUGAUGCAAUAAUCGUCUGGAUUUCCUUAUAUAGAAACUUUAACCUAAUUUCAAUGAUAAAAUGAAAUUGAUGCACUUCUUGAAAACUAGGAUCAGUUGGAAUGUUUGUUUGAUUGAAUUGAUUUUAAACCUUAUGCCCACUUUUCAUUUUUUUUAUGUUUGUGUUCUUUGAACUGUUUUGCACUGGAUGUUGGUCACAUUAUAUGCAAAAAAAGACUUUAAUAACAGUAUCCUGUUCGUUUAAUUUUUUUUUACAUCACAAAAUCCUGGCAUUUUAACAGAGGUGUGGGACAUAACUAACUAGAAACAGUCUGAUGUGUAUUUCCUUGAAAAUGUAGAUCUUACCUCUAAGACUUCCAAAAGACUACUAACAUUUUAAAAUCUAGUCUGUUAAAUUUCAGUGAAUGUGAAAAUAUAUGGCCUUUCAGUCUUCCUUACAUGGUAGCAGUGCCCAGAGUACUGUUGCCUAUGUUGCGUUCAAGAAAUGAACAAAGAAAAAAAAACUGUGCACAUCGCAUGUACAGGCCUCACAUCAUGAGACCUGCACAUGAGCUACAAGAACAGAAAAAUGAUAAAAUCCAGCAAACACUUGGGACUCCCUCUAAGAUGCCUUUAACUUCCUAUUUUAAUAAUUCAAUUACCAAAUAUACAUUAAAAUGCAUUAAUAGUUUCAGUAGAAACCAUCUUUUCACUACAGUUGAAACAAAUAUUUAUGGUCCUUUUUAUGUCCCUCUUGGGGUUACAAUUAAUCAGCACCAAGGAAAAUGAUUGCUGUUCCUGCAUUGGCUGCUUUGCAAAUACAGGCAGUAGUGUACUAGAAGCAUUGUGCAUAGGUAUUUCAGCUUUCCAACCUGCAUUUUCUAAGGCAUUUUCAGACAUGCCUUAUAAAAAAAUCUAAUCAAUCAAUCA